UCCUCUCCCUCGCUCCCGGCCAGCCGCCUUUCCUCGGAGGGGGCGAGACGCGCGCAGAGCCCACAGGCCCCUCCGGCCGCAAGAGAUGGGCGACAUCCCCGGACUCGUGAAAAUCAGCGUCUCCCUCAAAAUCCAGCCCAACGACGGGGCCGUGUAUUUCAAGGUGGACGGGCAGCGCUUCGGUCAGAACCGCACCAUCAAGCUGCUGACCGGGGCCAAGUACAAAAUCGAGGUGUCCCUCCGACCCGGCACCGUCCAGGCCACGACCAUGGGCAUCGGCGGUGUUAAUGUCCCACUGGAAGAAAAAUCACGUGAUGCACAAGUAGCCUCUUACACAGGGAUCUAUGACACCGAGGGGGUGCCCCAUACCAAAAGUGGGGAGAGACAGCCCAUCCAAGUCAACAUGCAGUUUAAUGACAUUGGAGUUUUUGAGACAGUCUGGCAAGUCAAAUUCUACAACUACCACAAACGGGAUCAUUGCCAGUGGGGAAACAGCUUUGGCAGUAUUGAGUACGAAUGCAAACCAAAUGAAACACGCAGUCUCAUGUGGAUCAAUAAAGAGACCUUCCACUGAAGAGAUGGGAAACCAAUACGGCUGGACAAUCUCCCUAAAAAAAAAUCUACCUUUUUAAACCAGCAAGAAGCCUUAAUAAAGGCAUACUGUAACACUGCUUUGUCCAUAAGGUUCCAGCAACUAUAUUGUAUAUACAGGUGGUGCCACUAAAAUAUUUGCCUAUUACUGUAUUUUAAGUUUACCAUGGCAUCUGCAACAUUCUUUAUCUGUCGCCCUGAGAAUACUGAAAGGUUCAUGGUAAAGGAUUAUCUGAUAGCUUGGUAGGAAAUCAUAUCAUAAUACUGUUGUAAGUAUUUGGAUUAUUCUGACUAGAUGUAACAACUUUUGUGAACUGUUUUGCUUCAUUGCUUAGAAUUUGGAUUAACAUCACAUUGGUGAUUUCUGUAUUUACAUUUGUGCUUGCUCCAAAAUCGGUGUGUUCCUUCAAGCAUUUGGUUGUACUGUCUUCCCAGUGGACACCAAAAAUUAAAAAUAUGGUUACUUGUAGGUUUAGCUAAAUGGCAGCUAGUGCACUGUUGGUAUUAUGCUUUCAUACCAAGGGAUUUGGGAACUCAUUCUCCCUUUUGUUAAGUGCUGUAAGAUAUUCUGUGAAGUUUGCUAAUUUACCAAAUCUCCUAAAGAGGAUUAUUUUUUGUUAAGUUUUCCAGUCUUUGAAAUAGCAUUAGGAAAUGGUAUAAAACAUGAUGAAGGAAAAGCAAUAAAUCCAUUGUGUUAUCCAAGACAUCUAACAUCAACAUGGCUAAGACCUAUUUUAAGAUCAUAUAGUAUCCUUGAGAGAUACAGCAGCCAUACCUAAUUUAUUUCCUACAGUAAGUGCUCUGAUAUUGAACUCCAUUUUUAUUUUAAUGGCACAUUGAUGAGAUUAGUUAAAUCUUACAAAUCAACAUUUUCAAGCCUGACCACUGUAUUUAUUGACAAGAUUUCUGACCAACAAGCACUCAGUAGUGUGAAGGUGCAGAUCCCAGGACAUGUUUAUACAUGCACUGCAGUCUUUCAAAUAAAGAUAAGCAUGCAAGCAUUUGCAUAGUUAUAACUAAAGGUGCUUCAUAAACACUAGAUCAGUGUUUAACACAAACAGACAACACAAAACAGAUGUAUCUUUUAUUUCUGUAAAGACAGGGAAGGAAGGAAACAACUACACUUGUCCUGUCCCCAGCUUGGGUUGAAGUAAGCCGUCAGUUCCUGCAUAUCUGUUAUUCCCUUUGUGAAUAAUUUGUAAAUUGUAUAUGUAAAUGGUAAACAUGACUUUUGAUCUUUGUAAUAAAGGAUGUAAACAA